AACCUCGAGCAGCAACAUCAACACAUUGCUGCUUACGUGAAACCUCGAGGCCAUGGGAGAAACAAUGGAGCUCACUUUCCCUGUUGUCGAUUUAUCCAAAAUCGACGGUGAUGAGAGAGGAGCCACCAUGGACGUGAUCAAAGAUGCUUGUGAGAAUUGGGGUUUCUUUGAGCUGAUGAACCAUGGAAUAUCCCAUGAGCUGAUGGACACGGUGGAGAAGCACACAAAGGAGCACUACAAAAAGUGCAUGGAGCAAAGGUUCAAAGAAAUGGUGGCAAGCAAGGGUCUUGAUCAAGUAGCUCAAACGGAGAUCAAUGACAUGGACUGGGAAAGCACUUUCUUCUUGCGCCACUUGCCGAAAACGAACGUUAACGAAAUCUCCGAUCUCGAAGAUGAUUAUAGGGUAGUGAUGAAACAAUUUGCAGUGGAAUUGGAGAAGCUGGCUGAAAAGCUUCUAGACUUAUUAUGUGAGAAUCUUGGAUUGGAGCAAGGGUACUUGAAGAAAGUCUUCUAUGGGUCCAAAGGACCAAACUUCGGUACCAAAGUUAGCAACUACCCUCCAUGCCCUAAACCAGACCUGAUCAAGGGACUAAGGGCACACACCGAUGCCGGCGGAAUCAUAUUACUCUUCCAAGAUGACAAAGUCAGCGGCCUGCAGCUCCUCAAGGACGGUAACUGGGUCGACGUUCCCCCGAUGAAACACUCCAUCGUCGUCAACCUCGGGGACCAACUCGAGGUGAUCACCAAUGGGAAGUACAAAAGCGUGAUGCACCGUGUGAUUGCUCAAACGGAUGGGACCCGAAUGUCCAUUGCUUCGUUUUACAACCCUGGAAACGAUGCCGUUAUACAUCCGGCACCGGCUUUGGUGGACGAAGGAGCCGAGAAAUCUGAUGUAUACCCGAAAUUCGUGUUUGAGGACUACAUGAAGCUCUACGCCGGCAUGAAGUUCCAAGCCAAGGAGCCGAGGUUCGAGGCCAUGAAGGCGAAUGCUGCAACUAUUUGAGUCCUUAAAAGACUAAAGAGAAAUGGGUUUAACAAGUUAUACAGAUCAUUAUGUAUGACUAAGCUACUGAGAGUUCAAUUAUAAUGUAUGACUCCUUGUGUUUAAUACUC